CUGAAAUCUAUCAGUGGCUCAGGGCAAACCAGUGAGAAGCUCUGCAAGUGCUGUUAGAACUUUCGAGCUUAUUGGCUGCAUAAAGGGAGGAGGACCAAAGUGCCAAUCAUGAACCUCAAGGAAGUCGGUUUUCAGCUUCGUCAAGUUCUAGAAAAGGAAGAGUUGUUAGCCCUUGCUGCUAGAAUAAAGGACAACUACCCCUAUUGCAUAGAAAUGUACAACACUUUGCUACUGACGGCCAGGGGACUAAACGCUUGCUUCCAGUACAAGAUCUAUGUGCCCAGGAAUGACCAUGAGUCACAUAUCAUCAUUUCACGGUCACUGAUUGAGUGGAAGAACAUGAGCAUAUAUUGCAGAGAGGAAGAGGUUCCUCUGCUCAUCAAAGUAAUGAAGGGCAGUCAUUUCUUGGAUAUAGUUAAAGAACUACCAGUCAAUAUCUUUUUCAUAUCAAACUACCAAUUAGAUGCGGUACUUGAGACACUUCAUAUAAUACUUGAGAGGCACCUCCAGAAAAACCAAGAAUCAUGUUACGCCUAUGAAACUCGACAAGAAAGUCCUCUGAGGUGUCCAGCAGGCAUGAAGGCCCAGAGACUGGGGAGGGCAGGCGUCCAGAAAAUGCUGGAAAGUAAUGAAAACUGGAAGGUCGCUUCUCUAGACCUUACUUGUAGCUUGGCGGAAAACUUACCAAUGCUGGGAAUUUACUUAGACCCAGAUGUGGUGGAGGAGAAGGUCAUUGAUUUAAAUGACAUCAGUUUUGCAGAAGAAGAAGCAACACCAAUCGCGCAGGUAGGCUCCACCCCUCAUGGUACUGUGGGCUUGCUGUGGACUGAAGUUAAGUAUAGGAGGCGAGGGCUGGGAAGUCUCCUCGUCGAGGUGAUGGGUCAACUCCAGAUGUCUGUGGGAUAUUUUCCUCAUGGAGUUGUGGUUUACAAUAAUGAUGCCUCUGCUCAGAUGUUCGAGAAGCUGCCUGGCUGGAGGAAAACCCACUGUGUCAACAGGAUAAUCCCUGCUCAGUGAAGGGUCCUUUCCUCAGUCAUCAUUUUCCUUAAUCAUCAUUUCCAUAGUCAUCAUUUUCACACGAGUAUAAUGACUUGUUUUGAAUUCACACCUAAUAUUAUAAUUUGAGGUUUUUGAUGAAUUAUUUGAUGGAACAGGGAUUUAAAACGUAGUAAUACUAAGCACACUAUUAUAUAUAAAGGGGAACUAAUACCUUUCAUCCUUAUUGUUUGUGUUUUUUCAUACAUCCUGGAAAUCUCUUUUUAUCUUUUGAUAUUCAACUCUCAGAAUUCCUCUAAGAUUAGCUGUUUAACCAAAUGCCCCUUUCCAUCUUGGUUGCGACCACAUAGCUUCAUCUAACCUCCACGUACAUUGUUCACCUAAAUGGAAAGAAUCUUCAGUGGGUAUGGCCUUACUAUUUGGGCCUUUAUUGGCCCGCUGCACCAUGGCCGGAUUGCAGUCAAAUGUCCAACUAUGGCUAUUUUCCAUUUAUAGUGAGAGAUUGCUAGCUAAUAGACAGAAUUCUUCACAGUUAGAAGGAAAAGUCUGUUUGAGCCCCACAAAACACCCGAGCCUUACUAUUCGGGCGAUUGGAGAAAAGAGAGGCCUCGGGAAUGUGAAAAAUUUGCUAUGUAGAUAUCAUUGAGAUUUCAAUGUGAUAACUUUCUUUGUUUAUAAUUAUGUACCCUAAGGUACAAUGUACACACCCACACACACACGCACGCACUCAAAUACUUCAUUGUAAUAAAGUAAUAUAUAAAUCAUACUUUCGUUUGUAGCUGAAGUCUCUUUGAUUUCCAUA